AAAAAAAAAAUUAAUAAAUAGAAAGAACACAACGAAAAAUUGGCUUAUAAAGGCCGUCGUCAUUAAGACUCAACUACCAACCAGCCAAAUUAUUAAACGAACACUUCCGAAUUCCCUCUAUAAAUUCCCCCAACCAUUCCAACUUCAUUCUCAUCCACAUUUCCACAACUGAAAAAUCAACCACAUCUUUGCAUACUACAUUUCUUCACCUUCAAGUUCAAGCUACAAACUACUAUUAUGGCUAGCAACUCUGCAUUGCUCAUCAAGCUCUUCUGCAUGGGUCUACUGGGAUUACUGAUCCUGGCACCCCACGCUGAAGCAGCUAUCAGUUGUGGCACUGUGGCCAGCAGCUUGGCGCCGUGUUUGAGCUACAUUGGCGGUCAGCCUUUGAAUCCCAAGUGCUGCUUUAACAUUAAGGCUUUGAAAGCCGCGGCGGCGACAAAGGCCGACCGUCAGGUGGUCUGUGGUUGCCUUAAGGGUCUUGCCGGGAACAAGCAAGCUGUUGCCAAGGCCCCUGGACUUCUUAAGCAAUGCGGCGUUAGCAUCCCAUACGCACUCAACCCUAAGAUCAACUGCGCCACGGUGAACUAAGCUUUGAAGGAGGGUGAAGGAUACACUAUCUAUCUAUUUUAAGAAAAAUUACGAACUAUUAAAUAUGAACUAUGAAGAAUACCACUAAUUGGAGGCUUUGUACGUAGAUCUCCAAUAGUGUGUUCUUACUUUGUGUUUUUGUGGUUGUACUUUUAGCUUUUAAUCUUAAGCCUCCCUUUUUUUGGGAGACGGUUUUAGGUUAAAAGAAAAAAAAAAAAAAAACUAGUGUCACUAUUCUAUUGGUGACCCUGUGGUUUUAUGUACUCCACUUAAUAAAAUAUCUAUGUGAUUUUCGUACACCUAUUUUUUUCUGUUCCUAAUUUUCUAGUUUUGUCUAUGUAUUGCUGUCUGCUGAGCCUCCAAAUAUAUGACUAUUAUAAAUGAAAUGUAAAAAAUUAAAACGUAAGGGAUGCCCUGUAAUUGAUUUAUGAAUUGAUUUAUAAAUUGGAUAAGCAUAGAGUUUGUAGGAACAUAGGAAUUACACGAUUUCCCAACGGACAAGAGUCCCCUCCCCCAAAUUUAUCACUGAUUUGUUCAUCCCACACGUAGAGCCAUUUUGUAUUA